AUGACGACGGCAAAUGAAACGUCAGUUGCUAGAACACUUAUAACAUCCACAAUGUGUUCAUUGUCGUACAUAGAACAUGUGACAGCUACAGUCUCAUUUUCAUAUGAUCGAUACCGAGGCUUGACUGAGAUUUUCCUUGUGUCGCCCAGUGGUACCGAAAGUCAUCUUUUAACUAAUCGUGGGAAAGAUGCUGUUAAGUACCAAGAAGCAGGAAAUCUUACAUGGACUUUUAUGUCGGUGCAUUAUUGGGGAGAAAAUCCUAUUGGUAAUUGGACAUUGCAGGUCCGAUCACAUAAAGGAUUUACAAGGGUUACAUUGGACUCCUGGUUUCUUACAUUAUAUGGAACUCGUACAAAUCCUUUAGCACAUUUUGAUCAGUGUUCGAGUGCACCUUGUGAAAACAACGGGAAGUGCAUCUCAGUGUUUUACAGCUAUAGUUGUAAUUGCACUGCAGAUUAUACAGGUGCAAACUGUAAAUUUAAAAAAACUCAAUCUGGCUGCAAUGGCGAUAUAAAUAUGACAAACUGUAAACAAGAUGAAAUAAAAUACAAUAACUCUACUGAGUAUUAUAACAGUACAGACUUUGAAGAGAGAAUAAACACCAGAAAUUGCACUAACAACUUGUCUAUCAUCAUUUGUAAUCCAGAAAUAAAUCAGAAUAACUACACUUACGAUAAUAACGGUACAACUCUAGAUGGAGUGAAUAAAACAAGCCCCAGUAACUGUACCAACAACUCGACCGACACAGAUCCAGAAUGCAUGCAUAAUAACUACACCGAUAUUCACAAUAUUACAGAUUAUAAUCGAGGAGGAUUCAACUCUAUUAAUUGUACCCGAAGUUCUGACGAUAUAGACUGUUCUACUCUACAAACAAACAACACUAGUAAUUGUACUUCAAUGUUAAACAAGACGGAAUGCGAUAUAAAAGUUAAUAAAACCAACUGUUCACACAAUCUUAGCGAGUUCGAGUGUACAAACGAUAGAAACAGUGAAGAGUCUAACAAAACCAAUUAUUCGUUGAUGAUUGUGAUAUUAUUGAGUUCUAUUGUCUCUAUGAGUGCUAUCGUCACUUUAUUGGUAGUAGCAUUUUACAAACCAAAUAUGCCGUCAUCUAUCAACCUACCUACCGUGUCCAAUAGAUACAGAGUAGAGCCAACAUAAUGAUAAAUUGACGAUCAUAUAACAGACGUGUUUAUAACAACAACCACAAACCAAGUCAAAACGAAUAGAUUACAGGAAUAAAGAAGCAGAUUCUAUCUCUUGAAAGUUGUUGUUUAACUUUACAAUGACAGUCAAU